AUGACACAAAACGAAGACCCUUUAACUCGUUUAAGAAGCAGUGAAUUAGCAACAGUAAGAAAAGUAAAACAAUACACCCCAUCAGAAGGGACUAAUGAAAAAGAAAUCAUUCAAAUUUUAAAUUUUGGUAUUUCUCAAUCAACAACAUUUGCAAAUUUCAUUUCUAAAAUUGUUAAAGCAAAACAAGAAUUAAUACCCUGUGUAUCAUCAAAUAAUAUAACUAAAAUUAUUAAUAUUCUUGCUCCAUUAAUUGAUAGUUUAUGUGGUAAUCUAAAACCAGCAGUAUACGCUUCAUUACAUGAUUAUAUUACUUCACUUCUUUCAACUUUUUCAAAAGAAUUACAAAACAAAUUAUAUUUAUUACAUGCCAAUGAGCAAUUAAACUUAUUAUCAAAUUACGAAGAAGCAAUUGACUCAGUAACAAAGAAUCAUCUUUCAAAUUUAUAUCUUCAUUCUGUUAUUUUAAUUCUUAUAAAACCAUUUCUUUCACCAAAUGACCUCAAAACAAAACAAACUAACAUCAUUAAUGAAAUAGGAUUUAUUCCUAUUAACUUUGGAGUUGAACAAUAUGUUUGGUUUAUGACUAAACAAGGAUUUAUAUGGAGUACUUUACUUCAAACUUUAAUUAAUAUUGAAAACAAAAAUGGAGUUGGUGAUCCUACAGUCACUCAUUGUUUAUUCCGUGUUGUAGGUGAGAUGGGAAUACCUUUAGCUGAAUAUAUAUCUCUAUCAAGUGAUAGUCAAACACUUUCAGGUAUUAUAAAAGGAAUGACUGCCAAUGAAGUAUCACAUGAAGCAAUUAUAUUAUUUAAUGCAAUUAAUAAAACAACAAAUACAGUAGAACUUAAAUUAAAAGCUAUUUGUACAUUAGGAAGAGCACUUGGAAAAGCAAUAAAGUUGGAUAAUGCAGAAGAUAUUAAUAUUGAAAUGUGGAAAUUAGCUUCGAAUAUUAAUACCAGUGAAGAAAUGAUUAAAUUUUCAAUUGAUCUUAUUGGAUGUACUGCUCUUCAUUGUUCAAUUAAAACAUUAGACAGAGUUUUACGAUCAAUUGGUAACAAACUUGAUAAAUUUGGAACAAAACAAGCUGAUAAAUUAGAUAAAAUAAUAUUAAAUGCUAUUGCUCCAUUAACUGGAAGACAAUUAUGUAGUAUUCUUAGUUGCGAUGGUAUGUCAAAAAUGUUUGAAUUUUUAAGUAUUGAACAACAAGAGAGUAUCGCAUCUCCAUUAUUUAUUAAAGUUGAAUUGCUAAGAUAUGAAAGAAAAGUUCCUUUAAAUGACAUUCGAACAAUUCAAAUUUUACUUCGAUUAGGACAACAUUUAGAUUCAAAAACAAGAAUAGAAAGAAUGUCUUCUUCACCUGAAACAGAAAGAGCUAUUAUGUAUUUUAUAGAAUGUGUAGAUUUCGGCAAAAAUCUUGAUCGUCAAAUGACUUUUUAUAGUGAUUGUAGACAAUCAUUCUUUCAUUCAACUACUAUCAAAACAUUAUUAAUUCAUUUAACCUUAAGACUAACUGUUUAUUCACAAAUAUUACCUUCAAAAGAUACAAGAAAAUCUUUUGUAAGAGGAAGUCUUGCAUUUGUUUAUUGUACAAUUUUUGAAUUAAGUUCACCAUUUGAAAUAGGUAAAUUAGCAGUAUUAGGAUGUUCUGUUUCAUUAAAAGUUGAAUCAUUUGCACAAGCAGAUACGUUUAUGAAAAUUGCACUUUCAAUAGUUCAAGAAAGAAAAGAAGAAUUAGAGUUAGAUCAAUUAAGAACAUUAUUAAAAGAAAUAUGGGGACUUUCAUUAGCAUAUCCUGAUAAUACUCCUCUUGAAGUUCCAAUUCAAUUAAUGAAAAUACAAAUUGGAAAAGGUAUUGAAGAUAUAGAAUAUUUAUGUGGAGUAUUACAAAUGAUUGUAUCUUUUUCUAUGCCAUCAUUUUUAUAUCAUAUAGAAAAUGUUGAAUCUGAUGAUACAUUAUUUAGUGGUGAUACUACUUAUAUUGAAGAAAAUGGAAAUCUAUUAAUUAAUAUCAUAUCAAUGAUAAAAGAACGUAUUCUUAAUGAAGAAUUAGUUGGAAACGACAAAAUUCGAGGAAUUGGUUUAUUUGUUGAUACUCUUUUAACUGUGACUGAGCCAAAUGAAAAGUUAUUAAGAUUUUGUGACAAACUAAUAACAUCUAUUCAACCAAUAAAUUCUCAAUUACAAUAUGCAAAAUAUCUAACAAAAAUAUCAAAUAAACUUCAACAAACAAUUGAACAAUUAGAAAAUAGUUCAAACGAAGAAUAA